GUCCGCUCUGUCCCCAUCGUCCGAAAUUUCAAUCACAAAUUGUUACUUGAUCGUCUCAAAAAUAUUUUCAAGGAUUUCCAGAUAGAUAAAUUAAUUUAGUCAACAGUCUAUACUAACUCGGAAUUUUAUUUCCACGAUCAUUUUCCGCGAAAUUUAGUCAACCUGUGAGACACUGCGCUCGACGCUCUCAACAGCGACGACAACCCCGAGCUUCCUAUCACUGACGAUGGCUGUAGCUGUACAACGCCCAUUACGCGGCUCACGCGUGUCCUCCUUCUAUCCUGUCAAAGCUCUCCCAUCCUUAUCAUCUCUCGAUAGCGCGUUCCAGCUUCAGGAAUACAUUUCGCUUCUUAUUCGUCUUGACGUCCAUGAUGUUGAUUCAAUAGUGUCUCUUCCGGGGAAAGCUGCUUUCAAGGACACCGAAGAAAAAUCUUCUGAUCUUUCUGAUCAAGCUGAACGUAGAUCAGAUGAUUCUGAACGCAAAAACGACAUAACAGUCGACCGAGGUUGCUGGAUUUAUGAACAACUACGACGUCUCGCACAAGACCUAUCUCAUCCCCUCAUCACAAUGUUACAGCAGGAAUGUACUCGCAUAGCCUGUCCCGAGAUGAAGGCGGGAGAGUGGUUAUAUUUGUGUGUCGCACACGGUAAUGACGGUGCUAUGGAGCAAUGCUGUGCUAUUGAUUACAUCCUUCAUACGUUGGAUAGCGCAACCGCACUAUUAAACUCGCCUCGAGCUUUCCCAUCUCGUCUUUCCAUACCCCCUACCUCAUAUCGACACUUCUCUUCGCUUGCUCGUCGUCUUGGCAGAAUAUUUGCACAUGCAUAUUUCCAUCACCGAGAAGCCUUUGAACAAGCGGAAGCAGAAUCAUCGCUUUACGCUCGCUUCUUGAAACUUACUAGUCAAUUCGAUCUUGUCCCUACCGAGUUCCUUGUCAUCCCCCCAGGUACUGUCCUGUCAGGCAGAAAGGGACGCGACGAGGAUGUUGAACCUCCACGUCUUCUUGCAGCGGCCGUCAACCCGCCGCGUGAGCGGGAGGAUCAAAAUGCACCUACAGCAGAACAAACACAAUCUUCGAAUGUUCGCGAGAAGAGUCCUCCGGGACUGUCCAAUGAUAGCCCACAUGGCACCGAUAGUCCACGCCGGAUUGGGCGCAAUCGAACAGAUACUAUGGUGUUCACUGAGGGGUACAAUGUCGCGGAGGAGCUUGCAAAAGGUGGCGACCACGGUGUCACCGAAAGCGGUGCUUUAUUACAUACUACGCUAUCUGUUGAGCCUGAGAGCUAUUCGCAAGCCUCAUGGACAAGCCAGCUGAGUGAGUUAUCUCCCGACAAAUUUGGGUUCGACGUCGAAGAGGUCCCCGUCGACGAAGUGGCAGCCGGCACCGGAUCAAACUCUCCACCUCUUGAAGAUCUGUCCUUGACGCUACUUAAAGACUCCAGCUCAGCUUCACCUGCUGUGCCACAUGCACCGGAACCCGAGAUAGAGACGGCUCCAAUUGUUGAAACAUCCAUUGAGACCGUUCAGGAACAGCCAGUUGUCGAGCCUGCAGCUCCUCACGAAGAGACCGCUGCCCUGGCUGAGCCUCCAAGCUCAGUAAUCCCCGCAGCUACUCAAAAUGUUGAGGCUAGUGUUGCAAGCCCUGAUAUCGUGGAGGAGUCUGUAGAUGCCGAAAACUCUGAUUCACCGGAACCAGUUCCAGAGUCUGAAAAAUUACUCGAGGCACCCCUCGACCCUUCUCCUGAGGCAGAAGCAGUAGCCGCCCUUGUGGAACCUCCCGCACCAUCAUCUCCUGAGUCUGUUCCUGUUGACGACUCUCCCAGGGAGCUCGAGGUUAGCCUUAAUCUGAGCGAACCCCCGCCGUCGGAGCCAAUACCCCCGGAGAGCGAGAGUGAUAUCACAGAUGAGGCACAUGAUGUGGAUGAAGAGGCGGAGGUGGAAGAGUUGGUGGAGAGGAAUCCAUGAGGUUCGAUCGUCUGUUUUGCUGUGUUUUCGUAGCAUUGUUCUGUUUUUUCUCAUUUCUUACUGUUUUGAUGUCACACUGCGCAUCAACGAGAGUUUCGGAGCAAGGUACGAACUGUUUGACUGACUGACAAUAGCUGUCUGGUCAUACUGUCUGAAUACUCGAGCAUGCACUUGCUCUGCUGAAUCUGCCUCUUAAAUGUCGUCAGUUUGGUACGGCCAGUCAUCAUAUGACAAGUUCCUGUAUAGUUGCGCAUGUCGCUGGAUGAUCUAGGACGGGCAUCUGAAAUAGGAUUCGAACCAUCCA